AUGGAAACAAGCAACAGAAGUUUGCAAGCAGACUUCAUCCUUCUAGGGUUUUCUGAUCAACCCCAAUUGGAGCCCAUCAUCUCUGUGUUUGUCUUCAUCUGCUAUAUGGUGACUCUGGUAGGAAACUCAACCAUCAUAAUCGCAUCUUACCUAGAUCCUCAGCUUCACACCCCCAUGUACUUCUUCUUAUCAAAUCUGUCAUUAUUGGAGCUGGGUUAUACGAAUAGCAUUAUCCCCCAGAUGCUAGCAAAUCUGUGGGGUCCAAACAAGGCCAUUACAUAUGCAGGGUGUUUCCUCCAGUUCUUCUUUGCCUUGGUCUUUGCUGCCACAGAAACUCUUCUCUUGACAGUGAUGGCCUAUGAUCGCUACGCUGCUGUCUGUCAGCCUCUGCACUACACAGUCAUAAUGCACCCUCGGCUUUGCCAGAAGAUGGUGCUGAUCUGCUGGUUGGGUGGCCUCGGCAGUGCUAUAACUGUUUGCUCCUGGGUUUUCAUGUUGCCACGGUGUGGUCAGCGAAAAGUGGACAGUUUUAUCUGUGAGACACCAGCAUUAAUGAAAUUGGCUUGUGCUCACACAAGAGCAAUUCAGAUUGCUAUUUUUGUUUUUGGAGCUAUACUUCUUCUGUCGCCUGUAUCACUAAUUUUUGUUUCAUAUGGAGUCAUCGCUCAAGCUGUAAUGAGGAUGCAGUCAGCAGCAAGGUGGAGAAAGCUCCUCAAUACCUGCGGUUCUCACCUAACAGUAGUAGUUCUUUUCUUUGGGCCAGCUAUUUAUAUGUACAUGACACCACAGAGUACCACAUCACAGGAGGAAGGAAAGUUCUUUACACUCUUUUACACAAUCAUCACACCCAGCCUUAACCCUCUAAUAUACACUUUAAGAAACAAAGAUAUGAAGACUGCAGUGAGAAGAAUAUUGUUGAUACACAUGGUCAGCAAAGCUGUGCGUUAA